AUUUUAAUGGUAUAAUUUUUCAUUCAAAUGGUAUAAUUUGUCAUUCAAAUGCAAUAUUUUUUAUUCAAUUUGUAUAACUUGUCAUUGUAAUGCAAUAUUUUUCAUUCAAUUGGUAUAAUUGUCGUUUUUUUAUUUAUAUGCAAUAAUUUUUAUUUAUAUGCAAUAAUUGCAUUAUGGGAAAUUGUUUGACGUCACAAGGUCAAAUUUGCAACAACGUUUGUGAUUGGUCGAUAUAGUCGGGCAGCCCCUGCUUGACUCACAUGUUGAAGUUGGCACGUUCUCUAUGAACUCCCCUGGUUUGAUUAGCUGUUGAUAUCUAUAUAUGAGAAGGUUUAUAUGAUGUCAGGUCAUAUAAAGGUUUCACAUAGUGAACUUUGUUAUGAUGCUGAGGUCUUAUUGCCACUUAAAGAAGAUGUUUUGGAGAGGGAGACACUCAAAUCACAGUUUCCUUCAGCAGUGGGUUUGAGGUACCAUGUAGGAGGGGUGUUGAAAGCUGUUGCAGCUGAUACAAGAGGGUUUUCUUCUCCAGAUGGAGGUUGGGGAACAAGAAGAUAUAUUGUUGUAACAACAGCAGAAUGUGCUGGACAAGCAAGAGAUAUCAUUGGCAACAGGCCAAGUACAAGUGGAUUGGCUCAGCAGAUUACUUCUGUGUUUAAGUCGUCAAAAGCCACUUCACACCCAAGGACACAUUUCUCACCAAUACAGGGAGCUGCCUCCAGAAAAGACAUUAGACAACAAAUGAAAAAGAAGAAGAAGUUAUUUGAAAAGUCAUAUAAAGUUGUUUUUAUUGGAAAUAUAAAAUUGCCAGGCAUUCUGUGUGCAGAUAUUAUCCUAGAAGAAGGAUUAAUUAACAUAAGUUCGGAGGAUACAGAGGACACUAUUAAAAACAAACUACUUGACAUAUUUGACAGCACUGACAAAGAUCCCACCAAGAUCAUUUUUUUAUCGUGCUCACACAAAAAAUUAUCCAAACCAAAUGUACCAUCAACAUUCAAAUUUGAUGGAAUAGGGCUGAAGGCUCUGAUUGGUCAAGGGAAGCUUUAUGUUCUCGUCGAGGGCCCUGAGUUUGAAAAUGAUAAGGACAUGAUGGAUCAAAACAAAUUAGAUGACACAGACAUGACAGACGAGGAACUUCCAGUAUUCGGCAAGACACACUCUUUACAGAUACCCCAAGCAGACACAAAUGCAAGUAUGAACAGUGACCAGGAAAAUACAGGCUCAUCCGCAAAACCACAAACAGACAUCACCAAAACUGUGCAAAGUCAAGAUAUAGUGGAAGGUGAUCCGGAAGAUACAGGCACACCGACAAUAACAUUUCAUCCAUCGUGCUUAGAACGUAGAGAGCGUAGAUCUCGAUUAAGCUUGCGGUCAUCUACUGGUAAUGAUGCUCUGGCAUGUCCUUCAACUUACAGGUCAUAUGUCCAGCUGUUUGAAACUGAAAUAGUAACAGUUGAUGACUCCGAUGAUGAAGGUGACAAAACCAUAUACCAAUGGAUGGGUACUGAUAUCAGUUUGCCAGAGUUAUUAAUAAAGUUACAGUCACAGGUUGACCUGGAGAAGAUAACGAAAUUCAAUAUCAACAGAAACCUUGUUUUAGAUGGUGCUCGGAGAGCCAUCAAAAGGAAAUCCUUCUGUGCUAAAAGCAAGAUAAGUGUGAAGUUUACGGACGAUGUAGGAAUCGCAGAAGGUGCCGUAGAUGAAGGUGGACCAAAAAGAGAGUUCUUGAGAAUGCUGAUGAAAAAGAUCCAAUACCUGCACAUUUUUGAAGGUCCUGAAAACAGAAGAAUUUUGGCCUAUAGUACAUCAGCCCUAGAAGACAAUCUGUACAGAGAUGUUGGAUUAUUCUUUUCCCUAUCCAUUGUACACGGAGGACCAUCACCAAAAUUCCUUUCUCCAGUUAUGUACAAUGCGUUGGUAGGACAAGCUGGAGAAAGGAAUAUUGAAGAUAUAGCAGAUGGUGACUUGAGAGGAGAAGUUCAAAAGUUAAAAGAUGCAUCAAGUUUGCAAGACUUGAACAAACAAAUGAAUGCAAUGUCAACCCUGUUGAUAACAGCGGGAUGUUUCAGGCCUAUAUUGAACAUGCAACAAAAAGAUAAAUUAAUCAUGGAUAUUGUCAGAUUUUUGGUCCUGGAAAGAACCAGUACUCCUCUUCACCAGUUGCGUGAUGGGUUACAGACACUUGAUGUAUUAACGUACAUUCAAAAGCAUUAUAAAGCAUUUAAGGAUUUGUUUGUCUGUCAAGGAAAUGAAAAAUUGACCGCUGAAAUGAUGGAGGUGGUGUUUAUGGAUAUCAAAAUGUCAGUUCCAGGCAGCAACAGAAGACGGGACGAGGAGAACAUUGUUGGAUAUUGGAGAGAUUUUUUAAUUGACUUGCAAGAAGAUGAGGAUGGUGAAAUUACCUUAGGUGAUGUUUUAUCAUUUGCAACUGGAGCAGACUGUGUACCUCCAUUAGGAUUUGAUCCAUCACCAUCUAUUACUUUUCUUCAUGACUCAGGAUUGUUUCCAAAAGCAAACACAUGCUCAAUGGAGUUGAAGCUUCCAGUUUCAGAAGAUUUUAAUACAUUCAAAAAAAACAUGACUUUUGGAAUUGCAAACUCACCAGGCUUUGGACUGGCAUAA